GAUUGAUAAAUAUAAAGCCAUUCUGUGCUCUGUUUAUUGUUUUCCAAAUAUGAUCCUUACUGGCUCAUCUGCAAGCAACCCUUUAACGGGACAUUGUUUUCUGUUUAUAGUUUGCUCGGGUUGAUCUGCCUUGCGCUUUCUUCCUUUUCUUCUUUCUUUAAUAUCUUACAAGGCGCCUUUUGACACUUGCGGCACGGUUUUCCCAAAAUGCUCGAAACAAUGGCCAACGUCACCGGAGUGGCGUCUGCCACCGAUAUGCCGAUACAGGCUGUCUUUGCCGAAGUCAGCCAGCACUUUCAACAGCUCAGCAUGAUGGAGCGGCUAUGGGCUACUUGGUACACCUGGAUGCAAAACGACGUCUUGGCCACUGGGCUUUUGACGUUUCUAAUCCAUGAAGUAGUGUAUUUCGGGAGGUCUGUUCCAUGGAUCAUCAUGGACACCAUGCCAAUCCUGCAGAAGUAUAAAAUCCAGCAGACCAAAGUCCCAACCAUCAAAGAGCAGCUCCACUGCGCAGGCCUAGUCCUCCUCAGCCACUUCACCGUCGAGCUACCCGAGAUCUGGCUGUUCCAUCCCAUCGCCAUCUACUGCGGCAUGGCCUUUGACGUGCCAUUCCCUCCGGCCUGGAAGAUCGCGCUGCACAUCGCCAUCUUCUUCGUCCUCGAGGACGCCUGGCACUACUGGACGCACCGGCUGAUGCACUACCCGCCUCUGUACCGGUCCAUCCACAAGCUGCACCACACGUACACGGCGCCCUUCGGCCUGACCGCCGAGUACGCAUCCCCGAUCGAGGUCCUGGUGCUCGGGCUGGGGACCGCGGGCACGCCGCUGCUCUGGGUCUACCUGACGGGCGACCUGCACCUCUUCACCAUGCAGAUGUGGAUCGUGCUGCGGCUGCUGCAGGCGGUGGAUGCGCACAGCGGCUACGAGUUCCCCUGGAGCCUGCACCAUUUCAUCCCGUUUUGGGCCGGGGCCCAGCACCACGACAUCCACCACGAGCAGUUUGUCGGCAACUAUGCCUCGUCCUUCAGGUGGUGGGAUUACUUUAUGGAUACAGAGGCUGGCGCUGAGGCCAACGCCAAGAGGAGGGAGAGGAAGAUGGCAGCGCUGAAGAAGACGCUGUGAAAAGGUUUGGGAUGUUGCGUGGGGGAUGUGUUGGUGAGCCUAGGGUGGUAUCGUAUAGAAGGGGUAUAGACUUAGGAUUAGAC